UGUUUAUCGCUGGCAUUUUGAUGCUUUGAGAUGCCGCUCAAAGACUGUCUCACACAAAUAUAUGUGAAAAUAAGUCGAUGACAUGUGUCAAAUUGCUUCGAAAAAUGCGGUUUUAAUAUUGUUAUUGUGAACAAAUCAAAACAUAAAAAUCAAGAGAAAUUGAAAACACAUAAAUAUCAAACGAAAAAAAAAAUAUGUCAGGCAAUCAAAUAGAGGAGCUGGAGGGCUCGGAAUUAGGCACAAAAGACUAUUGGGAUAAAAGUUAUGACACAGAAAUUGAGAAUUAUAAAUCCCAUGGUGAUGUUGGUGAGGUUUGGUUUGAUGAAGACAGUCAAAUUCGUGUGAUUAACUGGAUGUUGAAAAACGACAUUCCCGAAGACAAUCAAAUUAUCGAUUUGGGAUGUGGCAAUGGCAUGAUGUUAGUUGAACUAUACCGUGAGGGAUACAAGAAUUUAAGCGGUGUUGAUUAUUCGGAGAAUGCCAUUGAAUUGGCCAAACAAAUAGCUGCCGAUCAAGAUAUGCAGAUAACCUAUGAAGUAUUGGAUUUGUUAAAUGCAACGCAGAUAACAGAGAAAUUCGGCAACAAACAAUUUGACAUUGUACACGAUAAAGGCACAUAUGAUGCGAUCAGUAUACAUCCUGAGAAUCCGGCCGAAAAACGUGCUGCGUACAUUCAAAAUCUCCAUAAUUUAACAUCAAACAAUGGACUGUUGAUACUUUCCUCCUGUAAUUGGACCGAAUCUGAAUUAUGCACAAGCUUGAAUGGGAAAUUUGAAUUGUACAAAACAAUACCAACGCCAACGUUUAAAUUUGGUGGUUCAGUUGGUAGCGUUGUCACGCAAAUUGUUUUUAAAAAACAAUUGUCAUUAAUAACAUAAUUAUUCAAUAAAAUAAUGGUAUUAUUAAUACUGAAAA